CGCUACCGCACGUUGUGUCAUGCUCUCGUCAUAUAAAAGACCUUUCUACUCGCCGGGUUUUCGCACUCUGGACUCCCAAACUACCUCCCCAUCACUCACACCGUUCAUUGUAACGCUGCCAACAUGUGGACUCUCAGUAGCACUGGCUUCGCCUCCCUUCUAGCCGUGCAGGCACUCUACUUCUCUUCGGCCGCGGCCCGCACGACCAAGAAGAAGCCCAGCACAUCGAAAUACCCCUUCAACGAGCUCGUCGUCUUCGGCGAUCAGCUCAGCGACAAUGGCAACGGCUCCUACGCUCACGGCCUGGACCCCAACAACAUCUACGGAUAUUACACGUGGACCGACGGCCCGGUAGCACCCACCUACCUCGCCGAACUGCUCAACGUUCCCCUCCAGGACUACGCCUGGGGUGGUUCGUACGGUGGCGGUCUUGCUGGCUCGACCAUCGACAACAGCUACACUCCCGCCAAGGACUUGUACAAGGGCAAGCCCGUGCCGUCGACCUACGACCAAAUCUUCAGCAACUACACCGCCAAAGGCAAGCCGGCGAACAUCGAGAACGCGCUGCAGUUCAUGUGGAUCGGGCAGAACGACCUGAAGAAGCACACCAACUGGUACGUGAAGCCGCCGACGCUCAUCACGCCCGACGCGAAGCCCAACGUCGCCUUCUACAACAACUUCACCACCCUCCUGCUCCAGCAGAUCGAGCACCUCAUCGAAACCGGCGCCCCGGCCGUCAUGUACGUCAACCUGUUCCCCAUCCAAACGGCGCCCAUCACCGCCGGCUUUCUGUGCCACAACAACACCGUGUGCGCCGACAACUGGGGCACGGUGAUCGAGGCGGCGAACAAUUUCACGCAAAACGCGCUCGCCAACUCGCAGUACGCCGACAAGAUCAUCUACUACGACGUGUACAGCUUCAUGAUCGACAUCAUGAACAACAAGAACCAGUACGGGUACACGGAGCCGCUGUACUUCCUGUGCGACUCCGGCAACCAGUCCAACCCGGUGGACCACUUCAAAGAGUGCGCCGUGCCGCCCAAGUGGACGCAUGCGCGCCCCUUCUUCUGGUUCACGAAUGACCAGCCGGAGACGACGAUGCACCAGAUGAUUGCGCAGGAUAUGCUCAAGACGAUUGACACUUUCUUCAAGGUGGACAGUAGCUAGAUGCUUUGUACGCGGGGAUAAAAUGGUUGGGACGGGUUGCGUUUGUGGGAUGUUUCUAGAUUGCUGGUCGAUCUUAUCAUCUGCAUAGCUAGGUAGCAGAAUUCAUGCACCGUUUAUGACAU